GCUCCAAAAUGGCGGAUGAUGAAGGAAACCUUUCUGCCAAGUCGCACAGAAAGAAACAAGCUGGGCCUAAAGCAGAGAAAAAGAAACAAAAUAAACACCCGCCAGAAGCUGCUAGUGCUGAGCGAAAUCGUAAGGCCUUCUCAUUCAAGUCGGCCGUUAGAGCAGCUCGCCAGUUUCGUCGAAAGCAAGAUGUUGAGACAAAGCGGCAUCACGAACCAGUUGUUGAUCGAACGCCACUAGAACCUCCACCAUACAUCAUAGCAGUGGUUGGACCACCCAGAGUUGGUAAAAGUACGCUCAUCAACUCACUACUGAAGAAUUUCACCCGUCAGCAGUUGUCUGAUGUGAAAGGUCCUAUUACGAUUGUGUCAGGAAAGAAGAGACGUCUCACUUUGAUUGAAUGUAAUAAUGACAUCAACUCUAUGAUUGACGUGGCAAAAAUUGCGGAUCUGGUUCUCCUCCUGAUUGAUGCUAGUUUUGGCUUUGAAAUGGAAAUUUUUGAAUUUCUGAAUAUCUGUCAAGUUCAUGGCUUCCCAAAGAUCAUGGGUGUCUUAACACAUCUUGACUUGUUGAAGAACAACAAAGCCCUUAAGAAGACCAAGAAGAAACUGAAAACUAGGUUUUGGACAGAAGUUUACCAGGGAGCAAAAUUGUUUUAUUUGUCGGGUCUAGUUUACGGCUCUUAUCCCAAAGUGGAGAUUCAUAACUUGGGAAGGUUUAUUGCUGUGUCAAAGUUUCGACCUUUAACUUGGAGAGUUUCACAUCCAUACAUCCUUGCCGACAGAAUGGAAGAGUUGACAGAUCCAGAACUUAUUCGUCAAAAUGCCAAAUGUGAUAGAAAGGUUUCCCUAUAUGGCUAUGUGAGAGGAGCACACCUACAACACAACUCCAGAGUCCACAUCAUAGGUUGUGGAGAUCACACUCUUGAAGAGAUCAGCCUCCUACCAGACCCUUGUCCUCUGCCAAAUGCAGAGAAGAAACGGUCACUGAAUGAAAAAGAAAGACUUAUAUAUGCCCCUAUGUCUGGAGUUGGGGGUGUUGUCUAUGACAAGGAUGCAGUGUACAUCGACCUUGGUGGAAGUCAGGCAGGGAAAGAGAGAACCAACCCCUCCACUCAGGUUGAAAAUCGACCAGGAAAUGAACUUGUGUCUUCUUUAAUUGACACAAAGCAGACAAUUGACAGUAAAAUGCAGACAAGUCAACUGACAUUGUUUAAGGAUGGUGCACAAAUAGCAGCUGAUGAAGUCAUUGAGGAUGACGACUACUCAAGACCCUCUGAGGAAAUUGUUGUGGAUGAGAAUGGUCGAAGGAGAAGGAAAGCUGUAUUUGGUGAUAAUGAAAAUGAGGAUGAUAAGGAGGAAGAUUGUGAAGAUGACGAAGUUAUUUCAGAUGAUGGUGAACAUAGUGAUGAGGAUGAUGACGACGACGAACGUGGUAAUGAUGAUGAGAAUGAUGGUGAUGGCAGUGACAUUGAUGAUGCUGUGGUAGAGAGUGACGAGGAGGAUGAAUUUAACGAGGAGGAGGAGGAUGAUGAAAUAGUUCUAAAGUUGAAUUCUAAACAUGCUAGACGAGAACUGUUGUUAAGGAAGCAAACGGCUUCGGAAAAAGGAACUGAAAAUGGCCGGGAAGGAGAUGAAUCACAAGAAGAUUCAGAGGAAGAAGACGAAGGAGAACAAGAAAAGGAGGAGGAGGAGGAGGGAGAGGAAGAACAUAAUGGAAGAGAAUCUGAAGAAGAGUACAAUUUUAAUACUAAUGAUAAUUCAAUGAAUGAUUCCGAAUCAGACUCAAUAGUUGAUUUUCCUUCUCUGAAGAGAAAGAGAAAACUUGAUGUUACAGAGAAAGGGAACCAAGAUCACGGUGUUAAAAAGAAGUUAAAAAAUGAAACAGGCUCUGUGAAACAAAAUGUGGUCAAAGGUGUUAAAGCUGAUAAGAAAAAUAAAGAACAGACUGAAAGGACUGGUGAUAAGCCAAGUUUAAUUGAUUCCAAUGUUGAAUCAGGAUCAAUUCUUGAAAUUUCAAAUGACAAAGAAAGUGGAGAAGAUAGUGAUGGUGAUGUCAAUAUAGUGAGCUAUGGUGACUCAGGUGAAGAUGCAAGCGAAGAUUCAGGAUCUGAAAUGGAAGAAGGUGCUCUGAAGUGGAAGGAAAAUCUAGCUCAGAAGGCAGCAGCUGCAUUUCUGCAGCGCCAGCGAGACACGCCAAAUAUACAGAAACUUGUUUAUGGGAUUGGUAACAUUGAUUAUAGAGAAGAUGAGGACAGUGAUGAAGACGCUAUCGGCGGAAUAUUUAAAUUGAAGUCCAUGAACGCUUCUGAAAGUAAAAGCGUUUUACACGACAGAGACUGCUCGCUUGAGGUUAUCACUACGCCGUUAAGGGAUUGGAGCCAACCGGAAGUGCUUCAGAGCAUCCGGGACUGUUUUGUGACGGGCAAAUGGAAAGAUUCUGAAGAUGCCGAGAUGCUCCUCCAGGGCGAUGAUACAAUUUCCGAUGAUGAAAUGUUCGGAGACUUUGAAGACCUGGAAACUGGUGAAGUGCAUACAGCUGACGACAAACACAACUCAGGGAGGGAGGGACAAGAAGAUGAACAGGAUGAAAGUGAAGAGGAGAAAACUGAUGGAGCUGAUAGGAGGAUGGAAAUGAAAAAGAAACAGAAGGCGGCUUUUGAUGCAACGUAUGAUGAAGGUGACGAAACCUCGUAUUAUGAUGAGCUCAAAGCGCAGAUGACAGAGCAGGCACAGCUAAAUCAGUCCGAGUUCCAAGACAUGGAUGACGAGACGCGAACACAGUAUGAGGGAUUCAGACCAGGAAUGUAUGUCAGGGUGGAGCUCAGUGGUAUGCCCUGUGAGUUUGUCACCAACUUUGAUGCCAAAUAUCCCGUGAUUCUUGGCGGCCUUCUGCCGAGUGAGGAUAACAUGGGAUUUCUUCAGGUUCGCUUUAAGAAACAUCGUUGGCACAAGCGCAUCCUCAAGACAAGGGAUCCGCUGAUCUUGUCUAUUGGCUGGCGCAGAUUUCAAACUUUGCCGAUGUACUCAGUCCAGGACCACAACGGCCGCCACAGAUUGCUGAAGUACACCCCUGAACAUCUACACUGCAUGGCUACCUUAUUUGGUCCCAUAGCUCCCCCCGGAACUGGAGUCCUGGCAAUUCAAAGCACAGCAGGCGAUAUGUCUGAUUUCCGCAUCUCAGCCACUGGUACCGUGUUGAACUUGGAUAAAUCUGUAGAACUAGUCAAGAAACUCAAGUUAACAGGAACACCCAUGAAGAUAUUUAAGAACACUGCCUUUAUCAAGGGCAUGUUCAAUUCAGCUUUGGAAGUAGCAAAAUUUGAAGGAGCAACAAUACGAACUGUCAGUGGUAUCAGGGGACAAGUUAAGCGCGCGCUGAAGAAUCCGGAGGGUGCUUUCCGUGCAACAUUUGAGGACAAAAUUUUGAUAAGUGACAUAGUUUUCAUUAGAACCUGGUACCCAGUCACAGUUCCGAACUUCUGCAACCCUGUGACGUCACUACUCUUACCGCCAGAACAGAAGGCAACGUGGCAGGGCAUGCGCACUGUUGGUCAACUUCGAAAAGACCUAGGUUUGAAAGCGCCUGUCAAAAGUGAUUCGUUGUACAAGCCUGUAGAGCGGGUCACUCGUCACUUUAACCCACUGGUGAUUCCAGCCAAACUUCAAAAAGAUUUACCAUUUAAAUCCAAACCCAAGCUGAUGAAGAAAAGGACUAAGCCAACCUUGGAAACGAAACGCGCUGUUGUUAUGGAACCGCACGAAAAGAAGGCUUUCACGCUCAUGAAGCAACUGUACACUGCAAACAAGGAGAAACAACGAAAGCGAAAGGAGAAGCUUCAAGAGAAAAGAAAGGUCUUUCGUGCAGAGCAGGAGAAAAAGGACGCAAAACGACAACAGAAACAGAGAGAAGAAAGGAAAAAGAUUUUCAGAAUGUUGGGAAAAGCAGAACAACGGAAAAAGAAAACAUGAUAGCGAUCAAAUUUAAUAUUCUUUCUGUCAAUCUUUUCACAUUUCUUGUAAAAAGUUGGGUAUAACGAUUCCACAUCAAACAGGUCAAUUGUUCUUCGGUGGUGAUUUUCAUCAAGUUUCUCCGCACCUUUCAGAUGGACAGUAAGGUAGCAUAGUAAGGAGAAGACAUACACUUAACCCUUUAACCCCCUACAGUGACCAAGACAGAAUUUCUCCUUACAAUAUCAAUACAAUAUCAACCAGAGGAGUGAUGAGAAUAAAGAAAAAUAUCAAUUUGGGGACAAUGAGUUGAUCCAAUACUAAAUUCUCUGAACUAACAUAAGAAUUAAUGGUUGACAGUAAGGAGAAUUACAAAUUUGAUCUGGGAGUUAAAGGAUUAAGCCAGGCUUUGAUUGAAAUGGGUCAGUUUGUUUUUCUGUGUGUAGUUUGCACGGUCACGAAUGACGUCUAGGACUUGCUCACGUGUUAGUGUGACGUCAGCUAUUGUCCUCAGUGUAUAAUACAGACUCUUAUUUGAAAUAAAUCCUUUUUUAUGAAUCUUGCAAAAAUUGCUAGAAUAAAAUGAACGGAAUACAAGAAAGCUGACUUAGAAGGAACAGCUGAACUUAAUUUGGUAAUGGCCGGAUGGAAGUCGUAAUAGAAGAAGAAAGUCAAGUUUUUUAUACCAACCCUGUCAUAUCUUAGGACAGAGAACUGGGUAGUGAAACUGCUGCAGGUUGGUCGAAAGCCUCUCCGCAUCUUCGCUUUUUCCUUUUUUCCCCUCUUCUAAAACGAGUGUAUCUGCACAUAAUUUAUAGUCUACGAUAAUAUGUUUGGUCUGUCUGUUUGCAGCUUUGACAAGUACCGGAACGCAAAUGGUUUCCAAUUAGCAAAUAACGAGGUAAACACAGGUUGAGAACCUUGUUGGAUGGAAAAUGGGGUAAACUCUGUUUGAUUCUCGUCAAGCGUUUUUGACAUUUCUCAACCCAACUGCUUUACCAAACUUCCUAAAAUAGCGCUGAUGUGACAAUCCUUGUCGUAGGAUGCUGCGAAAUUUUCCUGCGGAAGCAAUAAUUUGGUGUUCCUAAAUGUAUGACAUUGUGAAUCAAUGGAUCGGUUUACAUUAGCUGACCGGACAAACAGCAACAUGCAAUACUGCAUUUACGUCACUGAAGAAAACUUACGCCAUGAUCCGCUUUGAAAUCUAAUUUUUUAGCAAACUUUUUCUAGUAUAAUUCGAUAUGACUUUCGCAAUAGAUAGAGAAUCGAUCUUGAAGACACAGUUUUUGAGGAUGCGUUGCUAUCUUUCUUUGCCGAUUACUGACAAUUUCGCUCGCGUGUUUAUCUCGCUUACUGUAAUCCACGAGAGCCAAUGUUUUUCCUUGUUUAUCGCAAACAGUCAUCAGCAUGCUGUUUUAAUCGAGAGAAGAAUAUUCACGACAAGGUCUCUGUCCAUGAAUAGUUAACUAGUGUCUGAUGCACCUUUCUUACGAAGCUUUAAGUUUACUCUUAAGUGUCGUCUAUGAAAUAUUGUAAUGUGCACAGGCGUCAAUAAAAUGUCUUACAACCUGCUGUGAA